GGAUUAGAAGCAGCAGAUUUAAAACGACAACGGUUGACUUAAUUCCAUUGUGACGAAGGAAGUGUGUAUUUCAGACUCUUGUUUCACCAAGCAACAACAAUGGUAAAGAUCUUCGUUGGAAACCUGCCUUCACAGGCAGAGAAUGAAGAACUCAAGGGCUUAUUUGCCCAAUAUGGAACAGUCACAGAAUGCGCCAUCAUCAAGAAUUUUGCGUUUGUUCACAUGGAUGAUCGUAAAAAUGCCACCAAGGCGAUUCGCAACCUUCAUUUGUACAAGCUACAUGGCACCCCCAUUAAUGUUGAGGCUAGCACUGGCAAAAACCAGGGCCCAGUCAAGAUCCAUGUGGCUAAUGUGGAGAAAGGUGCUGAAGAUGAGCUCAGAGCACUGUUUGAAGAAUAUGGCACAGUAACUGAAUGUGCCAUUAUUAAAAACUUUGCAUUUGUACAUAUGGGUAACUCUGAUGAGGCCUCCGAUGCAAUAAAGGGCCUGGACAACUCUGAUUUCCAAGGCAAAAGGAUUCACGUUCAGAUUUCUAAGAGUCGACCAAGAGGAGGUGGUGAAGAUGACUACGAUUAUGGCUAUUGGCAACCCAGCUUCCCUGCAGAACCUAUGCCCCCAGGUCCACCUGGUUACCCCAGAGGCCGGUUUGGUCCACCUGUUGCCCACAGUUACCCUCCUGCUCCACCGCCACCUCCCAGACGCCCUCCUUUUCCAGGCGAACGGGAUAGUGGGGUAGUGGAUUAUUAUGAGAAAUAUCGUGCUCGUCCUUAUGGCAUGUCCUCAUAUGAAGAGGGCCGUCCUAUCCCACCUCCUCCUCCACCCCCUUCUGCCAUAAGAGAACGCAUGGCCCCCACCAGUCUUGACCCUUAUGACAGACGCCCUCCCCCUCCGCCCUCAUUUUAUCGUGAUCGUAGUCCCGUCGGCAGGGUUCCGGUGCCUCCUGCAGCACCUGCAGGAAAUGGCUAUUCAUAUGAGCGCCCUCGUCUCUCUGAUAGUUCUCGGAAUCCAAUGUAUGCUGUGCCUCGUUCCAGGGAUUCGUAUGGUGAACAUGUGCCUCCGCAACACUAUUCGGCCUCAGCUUCCACUUCAGUGAAACUCCAGCACAGGAAGCGCUGCUGCGACUGCUCGGCUAGUGGAGACGCCAUUUCGUUUGGCUUUCUAUUGGCGCUUGAUUUUGUGCGCGGUGUGUACGGAACAAAAAAAUCGACGGUAAAGAUGGUUAAGAUCUUUGUCGGCAACCUAGCACCUAGUACAACCAAGGAUGACAUACACAGUCUUUUCUCAAAUUACGGCCAAGUCAAGGAGUGUGACGUCCUGAGAAACUUCGGCUUUGUGCAUAUGGAUAGUCAAAAGGAGGCAGAGGAGGCUGUCUCUAAACUUCACCAGCAUGUACUGAAUGGGCAGUCCAUGAAUGUGGAGAUGAGUAAAGGAAAGCCCAAAGGUACCACCAAGCUGCAUGUAAGCAACAUCAGUGAAAAUUGCACCAAUCAGGAUCUGCAGGCCAAGUUUGAGGAGUUUGGCGCUGUCAUUGAGUGCGACAUUGUAAAGGAUUAUGCCUUUGUUCAUAUGGAGAAAAAAGAAGAUGCAGUGGACGCCAUUCGUGAGAUGGACAACUCUACCUUUCAAGGCAAGCUGAUAAACGUACAACUGUCCACCAGUCGCCUCCGCACCAUACCUGGCAUGGGAGACAUAACGGGCUGUUACGUCUGCGGUGAACAGGGUCAUUGGUCCAAAGACUGCAGACGCGGUCAGAACGGUAGCUAUGGUGGAAGUUAUGGUCCCAGGAGUUUUCCUAGAGCAGGGCCACCUUCUUACAGCAGUGUUGGCCCAGCAGGGUAUCCCUCUAGGAGCUAUCCAGCUGCUCUGCCUCAUGGCCCACCAAUGAGCCACAACCCCAGCUAUGUGAUUUCACGUGAUUAUGGCGCUGAAGCUCGGUACCUCAGCAAACCCAUGAGUGUCUAUCCUGAGAGGUCAGCUGCAUAUGAGCCUGACCGCUACAGCAGUGUUGAUUACUAUGAGAAGUAUCGUGCUCGGCCUUUCAGCUCUAGCUAUCUCGAGGAUCGGCGUGUCGCCAUUCCCCCUCCUCCCCCUAUCUCUUCUUCAACUCUUUCAAGGAUGCGUCUGGCUCCUUCCAGCCUUGACCCGUAUGACCGACGCGCUCUUCCGCAGCCGCCCUCCGCUGCCACUGCAUACUAUGCGCGGGACCGUAGCCCAAUCCGAAGAGUCGGUGCUGAUGCCUACUCGUACGAGCGGUCGCGGCUUUCCCCGGUUGCGAGGAGCACCGCGUUUGGCGUGUCGCGGGCCAGAGAUCCUGCUACCGAGCAAUCUCGAUACGAUUACUAAGCCGCGGGUUUGUCAAGGUGGUUGAAACAGCAGGACUUCUGUUAGCGAUCAUUCCCUCCUGUUCCUUUAUUCAGCUAAUCGUCUCUGGACACAGGAGUAAAAUGUUAAGAGGCUGGACUGAACUAGACCUUAUCAAGCAGCUUGUUUGGAUUAUAAAUGGCUGAAUUGAUUCAGUUGUUAAAGGUCCAUUCUGCGUAUCAUUUAAAUCCAUAGAGUUAGUAAAAGUGCAAGGUGGUAAACAUGUUCAUAUUCUUGCAUAUUUGAUAUUCAGUUUUUGCAGCAAUCCCUACCCCUAAGCAAAUGACACUUGCAGCUUUGUUAAAAGCUGAAAGUAAUCUAGUGGCGGAUUUUCUUUUGUGCGCCUUUUUAAAAUGAAAUUGCUUGCUAGGUUUUAUUUUUGAAAGUUUUUGUGAUUACAAGUCUGACAGUCUUUCUUAAUGUGACUGUGUUUUUGGGUCUUUUUGUUUCAGCUUUAUGGGGUAUUGCAAUCCAAAAUGAACAUUCCUGUUGCUAUAUUUGUUUAAAUAACACUACUCACCUGCAGGAAAUAUAGGCUAUAUUAUUUUAUAUAUGUAAACUUCAGUUAGUUUACUCUUUUAUACAGGGAUUUGGCCUGCUUUAAAGUCCACAUUAGAUCCAAAUUAGGAUCUGGGUCAAUCAUGAUUUAUUUUAAGUGCCCACUUGUUGUGAGAACCUGUUUUCUAUUGACAAGUGGCUGAAGAAUAUCAGGUAAUUGUUCCACAAGUCUGUGUUUGCCCAGAUUGUGACUCAUUAUACCAGUGUAUAAAGAAUAAAAAAGGCUAGAUGUAUGCUGACCAACUGUCACGUGGGUUCAGCUUACCUUGGAGACUGCUGGUGUGUGUGACUAGGGUGCCUUCAAAAGGUUUGUGAAAUUGAUGAGAAAUAAGUUUUUGGUUUUUCAGUUGUGAUGUGUCUUUUCUAAUAAACCAAGAUAUUUUUGGUGAACAAA